AUGACUGAACGAUUAGAAAAACUCAUUUCUCUCAUUUCAGAUUUCAAAUCUGAUUUCUAUUCAAGUCCACACGAAGAAUGUGUGAAAAUUAGACAAAUUCUUAUUCGAUUAUUCUCAACCAGUACUCCAUCGAUUCAAUCUCUUGUAUUGAAAUGUCUCUCCAAGUUUGAAGAUUUACCCUAUCUCACACAUAGUGUGGUGAGAAGUCUCUCCAAAGUCAUUAAUUCUAAUCGAAGUGUUCAAGCUCUUACUAAAUUGAAUUUCUCACUUCCAUCACAUGUUCCAGAGAAGUAUCAAUCCGAUUAUGUGAACAUGUUAUUGAAAGUGAUUGAACCCUAUCUGUUAAUGUAUGACAUGCCAAAGAAGAAGGGAAAGAGUGGAAAAGAUAAGGUCAUUAAAAAGUGGAAGACUCGUGUCCAUCAAGUGAUUGAAUUUUUGGGAGAAUUACCACCAAAUGUAUUGAAAUAUUUUAUUGAUUCACUUUUUAGAAGAUUUAAGAGUAGUAGUAGCAAUGGUACCAAUAGUAGCAGUGGUAGCACUAGUAGUAGUAGCAGUAGCAGCACUAGUAGCAAUAAUAGCAAUGGUAGUGAAGUCAUGACCUUCUCUGAAGAUUUGUUAAAAGCAAACACCUUCCAAUUGAGAUGGUUGUUAGAUAUUAUUGAAGAAAUUCUCACAUGUAUGACUGGAAAUUAUUCAUAUUUCUAUAAUGAAGUGUUAGAGUUACUUGUAACCAUUAUUGAAAUGAGAAUUGAGGCACAACAAGUUGAAAUGGAAGAAGAUGAGAAUGAAGAAGACGAAGAAGAGAAUGAAGAAGACGAAGAAGAGAAUGAAGAAGACAAUGAAGAAGAAGAAGACGACAAUGAAACAGAAGAAACUAGUAGUACCAUCACCAGUACCGCUACCACCACUACUACUUCCAAUACACCCAAUUCUACUUCUGAGGAUACCAUGGAGUUAGACCCUAUGGAUGAUCAUGCCAUGACGGAUGAUAUGGAUCCUACUGAAGAUCUUGAAGAGAAUGAACAAGAUUUAUCUGCACCACAAGAUACGGAUGAGAAUAAGGAAUCCACUUUGAACACAACUACUAUGCGUACUCGUACUAUUACUCCUACUCGUACUCCUACCCUUACUCGUACUCGUACUCGUACUCCUACUACCCACACCACUGACAACAACCAUACUCUUACAUCAUCAAACCAUUCACUCACUUUUAAACCCAAAUCCUCCAAACAAAAAGUCUCUCUCACACUCACAUUCAGAAGAGCAGUGGAUUUACUCACUCUCUUCUUUGAAAGAAAACAAGAAUAUGAAUUCUCUGUGAAUUUCACCAAUCAUGUAGUAUCCAUCGUCACUAACUUCUUCAACAAGAUUCAAGAUAAGAAGAAUAUUGUGAUUGAAGAGUUACCAGCAUACUUUAGUAUUAUUUAUUCAUGGUUUGAUAUUCCUAAAUUAUAUUAUUUAAUCAAAUACUAUGAACAAGAAUUAAUUUACAAAUUUAUUGAAUUAAUUGAUGAAUAUAAUGUAGCACCACCAGUGUUUCAUACUGUCUCAACAUUUUAG